AUGGUCAUCAGCAGCGACGCUGGGGCAAGGGCGACGCCAACCAACAUCAACGGCAACGGCAACAGCAACAGCAACAGCAACAGCAACAGCAACAGCAACAGCAACAGCAAUGGCUACACGGUCCCCGAGCAGCCUCUAUACACACCACGACAGAUCCGCAUCAUCACGAUCGGGGCCGGGGCUUCAGGGCUGAACGUAGCGCGCAACGUGAGCAAGCACCUGCAGAACGUCUCGCUGGCCAUAUACGAGAAGAACGGCGACGUGGGCGGCACGUGGCUGGAAAACCGAUAUCCCGGAUGCGGAUGCGACAUCCCAUCGCACAACUACCAGUACUCGUGGGCGGAGAACCCAGGCUGGACGUCGUACUACUCGGGACAGGGCGAGAUCGAGGCGUACCUACAACAAACGGCGACCAAGCACGACCUGAGGCGCUUCAUCCGCUUCCGACACCAGGUGGUCGAGGCGCGGUGGGAAGACGCGGCCGGCCUGUGGCGCGUGGUGGUGCAGGACCUGGACACGGGCGCGACGGUGCAUGACGCCGCUCAUUUCCUCAUCAAUGCGUCCGGCUACCUCAACAACUGGAAGUGGCCGGCCAUCGAGGGCCUGCACAGCUUCCAGGGCGAGCUGAUGCAUAGUGCGGCGUGGACGUUGGACGACACCGCCGCCCUCCGUGGCAAGCGCGUCGCCGUGAUCGGCUGUGGCUCCAGCGGGAUCCAGCUGGUGGCUACGAUCCAGCCGCUCGUGAGCCAUCUGACCACCUUCAUCCGCUCGCCGACCUGGGUCACGGCCGGCUUUGGCUCCAAGUACGCCGGGCCGGGCGGCUCCAACUUUGAGUUCUCGGACGAGCAGAAACGCCGCUUCGAGCAAGACCCCCAGGAAUACCUGCAGUACCGCAAGGCCGUCGAGCACGAGCUCAAUAGCCGGUUUCGCAUGCUGCAUCGUGACAGCCCGGAGCAGGCGGCGGCGGUUGAGUUUGCCACGCGGGACAUGACUGCCAAGUUGAACGGGUGGACAGACACAAACACAGAGACAGAGACAGACACGACGGCCAAGUUGAACGGGGUGAAGACAAAGACAGACACAGACACAAACACAGACACAGACAGAAACACAGACACCAACCCCAACGAUACCAAUCCCAACCCUAACCCUAACCCUAACCCCAGCAGCAAACACAAUCCUACCGCUGAACACAACCACAAUCCCCUCGUCGACUUCAUCAUCCCCAAAUUCGCCGUCGGCUGCCGCCGCCCCACCCCCGGCACAGGAUACCUGGAAGCGCUGACCCAAUCCAACGUACGAGUCGUGACCGGCCCUUCAGCCGAGAUCGCCUCCGUCGACGCCACAGGCCUUCGCCUCUCCAGCGGCGAGCACACCCCCGUCGACAUGAUCAUCUGCGCGACGGGCUUCGACCUCUCAUUCCGGCCGCGCUUCCCUAUCGUCGGCCGUGACUUCCACGACCUGCGCGACCUGUGGGCCGACCGACCGACGGCCUACCUGUCCCUGACGCCCGCCCACAUGCCCAACUACUUCACGUUCCUGGGCCCCAACUCGCCCGUCGGCCACGGCAGCGCGAUCCCCAUCAUCGAGCAUCUGACCAAAUACAUGCUGCGCAUGAUUCACAAGUGUCAGGUCGAGGGGUAUAAGUCGUUCACGCCCUCGCCGGCCGCCAUCACCGACUUUGUCCGCCACGCCGACGCGUUCAUGCCGCGCAUGGCUUGGGCCGCUGAAUGUCGGAGCUGGUUUAAGAACGGCCGCCAGUCUGGCCCGGUCACUGCCCUGUGGCCUGGUAGUCGGAUCCAUUGGUUCAAGGCGGUCGAUUCUCGCAAUAUCCGCUUCGAGGACUGGGAGUGGACUAGGCUGGAUGAUCCAGACCCGGCAUCGCCUAGCGGCAAGGAAGUCAACCGCUGGGCUUUCAUGGGGAACGGCUUCAGUCGCUUGGAGUGCGAGGGGGGCGAUUUGACUUGGUACUUUGAUCGUCCGGAGGAGGGCUACGAGUUGCUGGAUUAUUAG